UUUAUGCAUUUGAUUUUCUUUUUCCCCAAGUUAUGUGUAUUAAUACUUAAUUUUUUUAUUUUUUAUUUUUAAAUCUUAUCUUUUGGAUCGAUAUCAAUAUCAUAAUCUUAUGCUAGAAAUAAUUACCAAUUACCAUAAAUAAAUAAAUAAUAAAAUGAAAAAUGAAAAUACAGUGAGGGCUUCCUCUUCAAAGUUGCAAAGUUUCAACCUUGGGAGAGACGACGAAGGUAUACAAAUGGAGGAUUAUAUCAGCGAAUUACCACAAGAAAUUCAGGUGAAGAUAUUGUCACUGUUGCCGCCCGGAAGGGAUGCAAUAGUCACCAGUGUACUUUCCAAGCGAUGGCGGUACCUCUGGACUCGUGUCUGCAAUCUCAACUUCGAUGGAUACCGUUACAUGAUGAACAGGAAGAUCAAGGGCACGUACAAGUCAGAUUCGGAAGCACCCAAAUUCAUAAAGUGGGUGAAUAGUAUAAUUGACCACCACAAUGGUCAAAUUGAUAGCUUUAGUGUUUAUUUCGAUCUAGAUCACCGCUCAACAUCUUCAAUAGAUAAAUGGGUAAAAUUUGCAAUGGGAAAAAUCGGAUCGCUUCGAAGUUUCGCAUUGGAAUUUCCAGAACUGGGUGGGUUUCGAAGAUCCUCACCCUGCUACUAUCUUCACAGGCGAGUCUUCGAUUCCCAAGAAAAUGUUUCUUUUAAUUCUCUCAAAGUGCUCCGCUUUAAUUGUGUGGAUCUGAACGACGAGGUUUUCCAUUUCCUCUUGCAUAAUUGUUCGGCUCUUGAACGGUUUGAAGUGCGUGGCUCAUCAGAAAUGGUCAAUCUAAGUGUUACAGGUCCAUCGCUUGCAUUGAAGCAUUUAGAGUUGCAAAAUUGUGAAAAUGUUGAGAGGAUUGAAAUCUGUGAUACUCAAAACCUUGUUUCAUUUUAUUGCUGCUGUGACAAUCCCGAUACAAUACUGGUCAUUAGGGACGUUCCAAUGCUUGCAGAAGUAUAUUUCCAUUGUUCUCGCUAUAGAGAUGUAGUAGGUAGUGUCUUUACUACACUUUCAGACUGUCUCUGGCAGCUACAGAUUCUCCAACUAAAUAUUUCCCAUCAGGACUAUGUGGAGAAUCGUGUAUAUAACACCUUAACAAAUCUUAAGCAGCUGAAUUUGGUGCUUAAUGGAUGUGAUAAUUACAAUCUUCUUAAAUUAAUUCCUUUCAUCAAGGCAUUUCCCCGCAUGCGGAAACUUGAGCUUAAGCUUUUAUCCUGGACCGGUUUAAGAUCCCAAGAAUGGCACAAGUCUAUGAAACCUAAAGAAUGUCCUCAUCAAAACCUCAAGGAAGUGGAAGUACUUGGCUAUACGGGUCGUACAAGUGAUGUUGAACUAAUCACAUACUUUAUUGAGAAUGCAAAUUUGCUUGAGAAAAUCGCUAUAAAGUCUUUCCAGUUCAUGGAAUACCGCACUUGUCAACCGCCUCUAACCAAAAAAGAGGAAGCAAUGAGAAGAAACCAUGCUAUGAAGCAUUUGAAAGGAAAGGUUCCUUCAACUGUAGAAUUUAUAUGCCCUUAGUGUUGGUUAUAUAUUGAAAAAUUACUUAUACAUUACCAAAUUUUGGAUUAUAUUUUGGUUAUAAUUAAAGAAUGUUGUUAUA